AGAUUAUUACGGGAACAAAGUAUUAGCAACCGCUGCCCGCGCCGGACUCUUUUGUUGGAGGACACUUCCGCCUCCUAGCAAGACUGAUGCUGAACGAAGAAAGAACAGCUACGGUGCAUCAUUCCUGUGUUAAUAUUUACCUGCUUUUCAGACAUCCUUGAAGAACAUCUUCCUGAGCAGCACAAGUGGACCUCAAGGAUGGAGCAGGAAGAGGAGGAGCUGCAGUACACCCACAUUAAAGGGGAAGAGCAGGAUCCAAAGCAACCCCACAUUAAAGAGGAGGAGCCACAUACUUCUUACAAUAUGGAGGAGGAGUCACAGACCCCUGACAUUAAGGAAGAAAAUGAGUCACAGCUUUCCCUUCCAUCACAGAGGAAGAGGAGUCAUACAUUUGCUCACAUUAAAGAGGAAGAGGAGGAACACAGCAUCAGUCAGGAGGGAGAGCAUAUUGAAGGACUGGAGGAGGUUGAUGUCACCAAGAUGCCAUUGACUGGUGUGAUUGUGAAGAGUGAAGAUGAUGAGGUCAAAGGUGAAAGUGAGGAGAAGAAAGAGGCGCAGUCUCCAAGCAGCAGCUCAACUCAACACAUGACAACAGAAGCUGAUGGAGACCACUGUGGAGGAUCACAAGCAGACAAGCUCUUAGCUCCACUAUCAGAUAGUGACGACACAACGUCACACUCUCCUGACACUGAUGAUGAAGACUCUAAAGAUGAUAAGACAUGUCACACUGACAACACACGCUUUAAAUGUUCUCACUGUGACAAAACUUUUAAUCACAGAGGUAGUUUGAAAAGACACAUGAGAAUACACACUGGAGAAAAACCGUUUUCCUGCUCAAAAUGUGGUAAAGGUUUUGGCCAAAAAAAUGUGCUGAAAGAACACAUGAAGAUACACACAGGAGAAAAACCUUUUUCCUGCUCAGUAUGUGGUAAAUGUUUUGUACAGAGUCACAAUUUGAAAGUACACAUGAGAAUACACACUGGAGAAAAACCUUUUUCCUGUUCAGUCUGCGGUAAGGAGUAUGUACAAAGACAGAAUUUAAAAGAACACAUGAGAAUCCACACUGGAGAGGAACCUUUUUUGUGCUCAGUGUGUGGUAAAGGUUCGGCACGAAAAAGUAGUUUGAAACAACACAUGAGAAUACACACUGGAGAAAAGCCUUUUUCCUGCUCAGUAUGUGGUAGAGUUUUUGGCCAAAAAAAUGUGCUAAAUGAACACAUGAAAAUACACAGUGGAGAAAAACCUUUUUCUUGUUCGACCUGCGGUAAAUAUUUUGUACGAAGGCAUUAUUUAAAAAUACACAUGAGAACACACACCGGAGAAAAACCUUUUUCCUGCUCAGUAUGCGCUAGAGGUUUUGCACAAAAAAUUGCGUUGAAAGAACACAUGAAUACACACACCGGAGAAAAACCUUUUUCUUGUUCAACCUGUGGUAAAGGUUUUAUACAAAGUCAGUAUUUGAAAGCACACAUGAGAACACACACAGGAGAGAAAGUGUUUAGUUGCAGUGUGUGUGAUGAAAGAUUCUCUUAUGAGUACCAGUGUAAGAAACACAAGUGUGCUGGUGAGAACAGCAGCAGCAAAUAAACUGUCAAACUUUAACUUUUUGACAUUUUUAACAUCAGCACAUAACAUGUGUGUCAUCAUUUGUGUGUGUGUGUGUGUGUGUGUGUGUGUGUGUGUGUGUGUGUGUGUGUGUGUGUGUGUGUGUGUGUGUGUGUGUGUGUGUGUGUGUGUGUAACACAAACUUCUUAAUAUGCUUGUUCCAUUCAUAUUUCAGAUGAUUGAUUAUGUUCAGCUAAAAGUACAACAUUGUGUACUUUUGUUUUAAAUGAACAGAACAAUUCGAAACAGAGUAAAUAGCACAAAACAAAUAUGGGUAUAUAUAUAUUCAUAAUUCACUUUUAUAAUUAUUCAUAAUAGUGUUCUUAAAUGUAUUGUGUGUGUUCUAUUUUUCAUUUCUAACUGUAAAUGAACUCCUUUACAUGGUAUACAUAUUUGUUUUACAUUUGUUCAUACCUUUGCUUUUGAGUACAUAU